UUAGCAGCAGAAGUGUAUGUUGGUCAGCAUAUUAAGUUGGUGUGUGUGCUUGAAACUCGUGUCGAAAUUUUGAAUGUUUUACCUGCAAUGUCAACUUGGAAAAUAAUUGGAUAAGUCGGAUACGAGCAUUCUGAAAAAAAAAUGAGUUGGGGAAUCGAACUUUGGGACCAAUACGACAACGUAGCUGCCCACACCCAAAAGGGCAUUGACUUUCUGGAGCGAUAUGGGAACUUUAUCCGGGAUCGGUGCGCAAUCGAAUCCGAGUACGCCGGAAAACUGAGGCGGUUGGUGAAGUCGUACAUGCCGAAGAAAAAGGAGGAAGAAGACUAUCAAUUUUCGUGCCAGAAAGCCUUUCGUGAUGUCCUGACCGAGGUCAACGAUCAAGCCGGCCAACAUGAAGUGGUAGCCGAAAACCUGACCUCUGCCGUCACCAAAGAGAUUGUGGCUCUCGUCAAAGACUUGAAAGAAGAACGCAAAAAGGCUCUACAGGAAGGUGCGAAAUUGCAGUCUUCGUUGAACCAGCAGUUGUCGGCGCUGGAUCGAGCGCAGAAAAACUACGAAAAAGCUUUCCGGGAAGCGGAGCGGGCCGAGGACGCGUACCGCAAAGCCGAUGCCGAUCUGAACCUCUCGCGGGCCGACGUCGAAAAGCAGCGCAUCAACUCGUCCAUCAAAAGUCACCAGUGCGAUGACAACAAAAACGAGUACGCCAAGCAACUCCAGAAAGCCAACGAGCUUCAGACGUGUCAUUAUCAGACGGCCCUUCCAGGUGUAUUCCACACCCUUCAGGAGUUAGACGACAAAAGAAUUAAACAGGUCGAGAAUUUCAUAAGGAAAGGUGUGGAUAUAGAGCGCAGUGUCUUUCCCAUAAUUAAUAAAUGUUUGGACGGAAUUGUCCGAGCCGCCGACAACGUCGAUCCGGAAAAGGACUCGCGGCUGGUUAUUGAACGGUACAAAUCCGGGUUUUCGCCACCGGAAGACGUGCCUUUCGAAGACCUGAGUAAUAUGCGAAGCGGCAGCGUCGGCUCGGACUCGUCGAGCAAUGGUGGCGGCAGUGGCGCCAUUCAUUCGACCAUCAGCUUGACCUCGAGUGGCAUCCUCAAGUCCGAAUCGAAAGGUGGCACGUUAACCGCCAUGAAACUCAAAAAACGCGCCGGCAUCUUUAGCAUAUUCAACGCUGGAAAGUCGUCUCUCAUUGCCUUCGUCGAACCCAAGGAGGACUAUAGCGAUUUGGCGCCGAACCAGCGACGCAAGAAGUUGCAGCAGCGGCUGGACGAGAUCAACACGCGGCUGCUGCAGGAGACGGCGACGCGCGACGGACUCAUGAAAAUGAAGGGCGUCUACGAGCAAAACCGCGCCCUGGGCGAUCCACUUUCCAUCGAGGGCCAACUGACAGAAAGUGGACAAAGGUUAGACAAAUUACGGCUGGAACUUCACAAAUUUCAAGGCUAUCUGGAUGAAGCCGAAGGCCGAGUCUCGGCCCAGACGCUAAACACACCCGGCGUCCGAACGUCUUCAACGACCGGAAUUAACGGCGGCAGUAACGGAGGACUAGGAUUGAGAAAAUUGAUGGGAUCCAAGGGAUCCAACAACGCCCUAACGCAGCAUGGCGGCUCGGACGAGUCUCUCAGUCGGAGUGCGUCCGAUUCCAGCGUUUCCAACCCCAACAAUAAACCGUCUCUGCCUGGAACACCCCAACCAACUCAUGGGUCUUCUCACAGUCCAGAGAGCGGAGUUGGUUCUCACGCCUCGCAUACCAGUUUCCCCGACUCGGAGGUGGAGCGUCUCUACGCCAACGCCGAAGCCGAGAUAGACGCCGAAGAAGACGACACGCUCAACGAGAGCGAAGUUUACGAAAGCGAACUACUGCCAGUUUUGGGUACCUGCCGAGCACUUUACGCAUUUGAAGCCCAAAGCGAAGGUUCUAUUCCCUUACACGAAGGUGAAGAGUUGUUGGUCAUUGAAGUCGACCAGGGAGACGGCUGGACGCGAGUGCGACGGAAUUCCGGCUUCGAGGAAGGCUUCGUCCCCACCUCCUAUAUUCAGUGUACACUGUAUAAUACUUGCUAGUUCACCGUUCACCACCACCACCACACCACUUGCCCUGUCCGCAAUCUUCAACUUAUUUAUUGGCUAAAAAGAAAAGAAACGGUCUUCUCUGUCGAAUGGAAUCGAAGGCAUUGUCAAAGAUAAUCAUUCCGUUGUGCGCACCACCACGACGGCCGUUGGUUAGGAGUAGCUAACGAAUUUUUUAAAUAGGAAUAACCAAAUCUUUACAUGGCCUUUUUUUCUUCAUUUCUACAAUUCCACAAUUUUGCAGCGUUCUUGUUUAUCUUCGUUUUUUUUAAUUGCAGUAAUUAAAAAAAAAACCUUGGUUUGAGUUAUAAUGUCGAUUUCAAGUUUCUUCUUUUUUUUGUAUUUUUAUUAUCGCUAAUGUGUCUUUAGUUUUUAUUCGCAUUCAGUGAAGACAAAGAGUUUGUCUUUUUUGGCGUGCAAUCGUUUCUUUUUUUCCCUCCCAUUUUCUCGGUAUCUCGUCAUUUUUAUCUGUUCGCUCUCGUCGCCCAAAAUGUGGUCAUUGCUUAAUGCGAACAAAUUGACCGAUUACAUAAUCUACAAACUUUUUCUUAUAACCACGGAAAUUCUUUUAAUAGGGUUUGUGCGCUGCCUUUUUGCGUGUUGACGUUUUGCUGCCUUUCGAUUUAAACACCUUUUUCUUAUGUUUGAUAGUCCCGUAAUAAUUCUUUUUGAGUUUAGAAAACAAAAAAAAAAGUAAAAAGUGACGUGGCAGUCGUCCAUGUACAGAAACUAUAACUAAUGUGGGACACCGGGACUAUAGGGUGGAUGAAUGAGACCGCUGAGUAAAAUCAAUUGUGUAAUCCAUUAGUGACGACCUCGUGUGUCGGUGAAAGAGGUAUGUAAUGGAAAUAUAAUAAUUCCUUUUUUUUAGCGAAACAAAAGAAAAAUGGCUAAGAAAUUCCGCGCUGAAUCGCAUCUGUUAGGUGUAUUAUGCGUUCGAUUCGAAAAUUGACAGUGAUUUUUUUGUGUAUGUGUCUGUGUAAGUACUCUAGUUUCUUUUUUUCUCAUUUUUUUUCCAUCUUCUGUUCUUCCUCCUUUUGUUCUAUUGUAUUUUUCCUUAAUUUUGGCAUCCAUGGAAGGUCUACGUUUGUCAUGUAAUUCGUAUAUGCUCAAUGCGACGCAAGUCUCGGUCCGGAAUAAACGUGUCUGCUUCCCUUUAA